AUGGCAUCCCAGGCUGGACAGAGUGCCCAAGACGCUCCCAAUUCCUGGGAUAAGGCGCAGAGAAAAUUCUCCAAUAAGGGUGCCAGCGAGUACUAUGAUCCCUGCCAAGACUUCGCAGACCGGAGUCUCAAGUGCCUGAAGCGGAAUGCAUUUGACAGAGAUAUGUGCCAUGAUUAUUUUCAGGCUUAUCGUGAUUGCAAGAAGGAAUGGAUGACGCAGAAGAGGCUGUCAUCGCCUGUACUCAAAAAAUGA